AUGUCCUUGCCCAAACCUCGAGAACCGGGUGGUCCCAUUAGGGACUACAAGUAUACCCAGGAAAUAUCACAGAUGAUGUUCGUCUUUGGAGAAGUGCAAGAUCCAAAUCCCGAGACCGUGAAUUUGGUAGAAGACAUCGUGCGGAGUCAGAUCAUUGAAUUGAUUGUCCAAGCGCGAGCUGUAACACUGCGUCGCGGAGCGCGUUUCCUUUCCGCCGAAGACCUUAUCUUCCUCAUCCGACACGACCGCGCCAAAGUAAACCGACUCCGAACCUAUCUCUCGUGGAAAGACGUUCGCAAACACGCUAAAGACUCUGGGCCCGAUGGCGGUGGAGGUGUCGAAGUCGACGGUUUGGAGGAUGGCGGUGACGACAAGAUAACUGCAAAAGCCCAAAAGAUCAACUUCAAGCUCCCUUGGGAGAUCAUGACCAUCUACUCCGAAGUCCUGAAAACAGCAGGGCACGAAGACGACGACGAAGAAGACGACGACGACAUCGAAGCGCACGAAGCCUCCAUCCAGCGUCUAAAGGAAGCAGACGACGCAACCCGCCAAAUGACCCGCGAAGAAUACCAACACUACUCAGACUGCCGCCAAGCCUCCUUCACCUACCGCAAAGGCAAACGCUUCCGCGAAUUCCUCAACCUCCCACCACACCUCGACCUCCGCGCCAACGACGACACAAUCGACAUCGUCGGAUUCCUCGCUUUCGAAAUGGUCAGGUCGCUCACCAUCGCCGGUCUAGCCGUCAAGAAGAGUCUGGAAGAGAGUAUCUUGAGAGACGAUUAUACAACUCCGAAGAAUGGGAAGAGGAAGGCGGGUGGGGCGACACUGCUGGGAGGCCCAGCGGAGAAGAGGAGGAGGGAGGAGGAGGGUGAGGAGGAAGAGUACACCUUGCCUGUUAACACCUUGUUUUUGCCCCCGCCAGAGGCGAGGACUGCGUUGAGACCCGAGCAUAUCCAGGAUGCCUUUACAAGGAUGCAGACAGAGUGGUCCCAUAGACGUAACGCAGGUAUGCAUAAUUGGCGCGGAGGCCUUGUGCGUACCAGGAUUAGUCUCAUUUAA